AUGAGAAGGAACUUUCAAAAUUUAAUAAAAGAUCCUCCAACAAAUGCAUAAAGAGAAUCAAAACCUCAAUAACCAACUGUAGUAUAGGUGACUGAAUGGAAUAAGGCAUUAGAAUAUUUAGAUGCAGGAGAUAUAAAUAAAGCAUAUGAAGAAAUAUUAAUAUCAGAAGAUGAUUUAUAUUUGUUAAGAUUAAUGACUAUCACUGGACCUUGUGUAAAUAAAUUGAGUUAGAAGGUGGCCUUUUAAUUACAUCAAAAGAUUAAAUUGUUAAUGAAAUCAGAAUUUUGGAAGGUUCUUGCAUUACAAAUGUUGGGCAAUUUAUCAUCCAAAUAAGAAUGUUUAAGAAUUGAAUAAAAGUAAAAAUUAUAGUAAUUACUUUAUUAAUGGAGUAAAUCAUGGUAACCUUCAAUUAGUAAGGAAACUGUUUUAUUAUACAAUUCAGGAGUAUUUAAACCAGAUCACAUUAUUUGA